AUGAUCUUGACCACCCACUACGAUAGGCUUUACGACGAAAGACAGAAGAAGGAUUUCCAGCCAUCUGAGCUGCUUAACAAGCUGUACAAGGAUAUUACCGAAGCAUACGUUGCAAUGCUUGAGCUUGCAUAUUCGAUUCAUCGCUACCUGGAAGCAAGUGGCCUAGCACGACUUCGUCAUGCUUUGAAAGACCUGACAGGCCAGGAGCUUAGCAAGUUCACAGCUCGCACCGAACGAUUGCGCAGUCAGAAGUUGAAGGUUCUCGAGGCAAGCGAAGGUGCCUUCCAGGACCGGACAGCAAGGCAACUUGGCGAAGUCACAGAAGCUGCGGAGGCCAUCCGAGCCAAUGUUCAAGCGUCAAGAACUUUCAGAAAGUCUCGGAAGAGUUCAUCAGUUCUCAACUCGCUCUCCAGGAGGACUUGA